CAGGCAGACAGUUGAACGUCGCGUUCCGGUUGUGUAGUACGCGCGCGUUAAAACGCUCGCUCCGGUAAAACUGUGUUAACAAAAUAUUAUGGUCGUGUAAAAGUGUCUCAAACAUUGACUAUCUUUAUGUUUACCCUCAAAUGCUGGGAUAUACUUCCUACAGGGACUGGUCGCCAGCGGGCGCCACGGCCCAGCAGCAGUUGUCAGUCGUGACCACGGUGUGGGGAGUCACCACGUCUACUCAGUCGGGCCCCCACGGAGGCUACUCGGGUGGCCCGACACCUGCAGGAAAUCCCAACUACGGAAACACCCUCAAACAGCAGCAGACUUCCUAUCAAACGGCCUACAGGCAGACCGGGCCUGGGGUUGGAAAUUAUGGUGGUGGUAAUGGAAUGAACGGUAGUGAGGGAGGUUACGGAGGUGGUAAUGCCCUGUCAACAGCUGCGAUGGUAGCGGCUGCGACAGCAACGGCCACCGCCACCGCGAGCGUGGUGGCACUCCAAGACAACAGUCAAUUCUCCACCCAGCAGUAUUCUCAGGGUUAUCAGCAACGCAUGAUGCCCAUGAACGGGAUGAGCAGCAUGAACGGCAUGAACACCAUGAACCCCAUGUCGAACAUGGCCAAUAUGGGCAUGGGCAAUAUGCACAACAACAUGAUGGGCAACAUGGGCCCGAAAAUGGGCAUGCAAUCGCCGGGGCCUACCAACAACUCCAUGUACCCGCGCCGAAUGACCCCAUACCCGUCCCCCGCCAUGCACAUGUCGCAGAAACGGGGGCAGCAGUACACCAACUCGGGCCCUUGCCCCACCAUGAACCCCAACUUCAACCCCAACGGCCAGUACUAUGGGACGCGGCAGCCCAACUUCAACCAGUACCCCUCCCAGCAGACGCUGGGGCCCAGCGGGAACUUCGGCCCGGCGGGGAUGGGGCCCGUGGUGCGGGGGGCGGCGGCGCUGCGGCAAACCACCCCGCCGUACACCAACCAAGGCCAGUAUUUCCCCAACGGACCCAUGAACCAGUUUUCGAAUGACUCGCAGUACAUGACGCGGAAUGGGCAAUAUGGCAAUACCAACCAGUUCCAGCAAGAUGUGGCCAUGAGGGGCAACAUGAACUACCAGCACAGCCCCAUCCCGGGCAACCCCACCCCGCCGCUCACCCCCGCGAGUAGCAUGCCACCCUACAUUAGCCCCAAUCCGGACGUCAAGCCCAACUUCAACGAAAUGAAACCCAUAAUUCCCAGUCAAAAAGAUGACGAGCUCCGGUUAACUUUCCCCGUCCGAGACGGCAUCAUUUUGCCCCCCUUUCGGUUAGAACACAAUCUCGCGGUUAGCAAUCACGUUUUUCAGUUAAAACCGACGGUCCAUCAGACUUUAAUGUGGCGUUCUGACUUAGAAUUACAACUCAAGUGCUUCCACCACGAAGAUAGACAAAUGAACACGAAUUGGCCGGCUUCCGUGCAAGUCUCAGUAAACGCAACACCUCUCAUUAUAGACCGGGGCGAGAACAAGACAUCGCAUAAACCUCUGUACCUUAAAGAUGUCUGCCAGCCCGGACGAAACACUAUCCAAAUCACAGUUUCGGCUUGUUGUUGUUCGCACCUCUUCGUCCUACAACUUGUACAUAGACCCAGUGUUAGAUCAGUGCUUCAAGGCCUCCUCCGGAAACGGCUCCUUACGGCCGAUCAUUGUAUAGCGAAAAUUAAACGAAACUUCGGCAAUACCAACUCUGGCCCGAACAUGGACCGAGACCGGGAUCCUGUCGAACAAACCGCUCUCAAAGUCUCCCUCAAGUGUCCAAUCACCUACAAGAGGAUAACACUGCCAGCGAGAGGACACGACUGUAAACACAUCCAGUGCUUCGAUUUGGAGUCUUACCUCCAAAUGAACUGCGAGAGGGGCGCUUGGAGGUGUCCGGUCUGUAAUAAGCCAGCGCAGCUGGAAGGCCUGGAAGUAGAUCAGUACAUGUGGGGAAUUUUGAACACGUUAAGCAACAGCGAAGUCGACGAAGUCACGAUUGACAGCUCGGCCAACUGGAAGGCGGCCAAAGGCCUGGGCGCGACUAUCAAGAUGGAGGACGAUAAUGACUCCUGUGGAGCCAAACGGCUGAACAAGGCAAUGUCUCCGGGUAGUAUGACGCUGCCGACGAUGAACAACUGGGACAUGUCGCAAGCAAUGUCCCCCUAUAUACCUCCCGACAUGAACAGUAUUGCAAGCGGGUCGAUGAUGAACGGCCCUCCUUCCUACAACAACACUCGGAACGGUCAGUACGACUUCGGAUCGUCAACCAACUCAGGAAACAAUGAGUAUUCGGCCGGAAAUGGCCCCCUGUCCCAUCUGAGCGAUUCGGUCAAUUCGCUCGAUCCGUUAAACGCCAUGGAGAAGAGUUUGAACGAACAGAUGCCACACACGCCCCAUACGCCGCACACCCCUCACACGCCGCACACUCCCGGAGGAACGCCCGGAUCGGCACACACUCCGGGAGGGACCGGCCCCCCUAGUGUUCCUCCAGCGACGGACCACCACAACAAUAGCAACAGUUCAAAUAGUAGUAGUAAUAAUAACAGUGGGAACAACGAGGCCGUUCCCGAAAUCCCCUCAGACUUGAACUUUGACCCAGCUGCGGUUAUUGACGGUGAAGGCACAGGCCAGGAAGCACUUAAUUUGUUGCCGGACAGCGUGGAUCCGAUGGAGUUGUUGUCGUACUUGGACCCUCCUGACCUGAAUACGCCCCCAUCUAGUGGUAGCAGUGCAGGGCAUGCCAACACCUCGGCGAGUGAUGACCUCCUUGCUCUGUUCGAAUAAGAUGAGUUCCUGAGCUCACGACCACGUCUCGUGGUGGACAUGUGAGUGAACAAAGUGUGAUAAAACAAUCUAAACGUGUUAAUUAUUGAAGUAAAGGUCUAAAUCAAACUAUUUUCACUGUAUUAUUUGUACAUAACUACUUAAAAGAAUGGCGUGAGUUUUUAUUUCAUUGGUUGGAUAAAGUCUAUUGAGAUAUAUUUAAAUUAUUGAGAAGGUCUAUUUUGAUUUUAAUGCCAAAAUUUUAUUGUAUUAUAUGAGAGACCAGUGGAAUAAAAAGCGACUCGUGACGGCCAGUUUAGUAUAAUAUUAUUAACUACAUGAAUAUACUUACUAUAGUAUAGAAGUUGGAACCAAACGAUCUAGUACUUCUAGAAACGGCCGAGUUGUCGGUCUUUUUGCAUCUCGAUGUGCAUAGGCUUCAAGUAUUAUCUGCUGUAUUCGAUUCAGUGAACCUAAUAUAACGCAGACAACACGUGUAACGAUUCCACACAACCACAUGACAGUAGAAAUUUCAAAUUGUAUUUUGAUUGUAUUAUUUGUUUCAGGCUUAAAUAUCUGCACAAGCAUCCACAUAUAAUAUUAUUAUUAAUUGAGAACUCUGAGACUGUGAUAAAACUUUAAUUAUAAGUAAUUUUAACAUAUUUGAUAAUUAUAUAUUUAUAAUCGUGGUUCUUUAGCGUCGUUUGAAUUUGUAUUAAACAAAAAUAUUAUGUUAUAGUGUGGCUGCUGUUUGUGUGUGUUUUCACUAAAGUUAAUUUGAUGUGAUAAAAUAUAUUUUGGUUAAAUACAAUUUGAGUUUUAUUCCCAAAUCCUUAUACGUGUUUGUCACUUGUAUUGAUUUAAGUAGGGUCCAAGUUCCUAAAAGCAAAAAUGUAUUCACUUUGUAUUGAUACAAAUUAUAUCAGGUUCACUCGAAUUGCGCAAUUCUUAUUGCCAAGAAUAACUCAUUCUAAAAGGUAGGCAGAAUAGAUGUCAAUAAGUUGUAUGUAACUAGCCAAAGUAGAGAAUUUUUAUCAAAUUAUUGAAAGUUUACAGGCACAUGACAACAUACAAAAGUUUAUCCAAUCACGCGGUGUAAACUUUUAAUAAGUUCAGUAUAAAUUUUGCCAAUAAUUUAUUGUUUUUCAUUAGCUUCAUUUUCAGAAAAGGGACUUUUGUAAAUUAUUUUCGACAAUGGACCAAUUACAUAAAAUUAUGUAACGAUUCUUUUCUGAAGGUGAUAUUCCAUCGUUUAGACCAAUGUUUAACAUAUCAUUUUAAAUACUUCAUUUUUGUACACCUGUCCGUUUUUUAUUCGCCGAUUUGGACCAAUAUCGUAAGAUAAUUUCGUUUCUCGAAUAAUUUCUCUUUGAGCGUGAUUUGUGAAAUUAUGAUAAAAUUGUCAAUUUUAUAACGUGACGCAAUUUUUUUAAAGCAAGCUGAUUAUUGGCAAUUUUAUAUUUGUUUCUUAUGAAUGAUAUAGAUCUAAAUUAUUAUGUAGAAAAACAAAACUGUGUAAUAUGAAUUUUGCUAAUUACUGUAAAUAUAUUGUACAUUCGUUUAAGGAAAUAUUAUGUCUACGCAUAAUUGACUAUUUGUUUUUCUAUUUACGUUCUAGUAUUUUAUGGGGAUUAUUAUUUACUACACUUAUUGUGUUUUAUUAUAUUGUUCAGUACAAAUGGAAAUUUAUUUUUAGUAUUUUCUAAAUUAGUCCUGUAUAUUUUAUUUCAAAUUUUGACUUUGUGUUAUCCUAUUUUAUUAUCAGUGUUUUGUGCAAUGAAUAAAAUGUAGACUGAUAGUUUUAAUACUUAUAA